AUGUUUACAUUAGCCAUCAAAGCUGAGCAGACAGGAGUAACGAACCUGCGACCAGACGACACCCAGGACAACCCAUUCUGGUAUAUGUUCAAGGUGCAAUGUACGUCAUGCAGAGAGACACACAAUAACUAUGUGGGUGUAAACCGUUUUCGCGAAUCAUCGGCUUCCAUCAAAGCUGCACCAUUGGCAUACGAGCAAUCUGAACCACCCAAGACGCACAAGAUUAUUGAAUUUGAUUGCCGCGGACUCGAGUUCACCGAGUUUAAGCCAGAGGGAGAGUGGCUCGCCGAGGGUGUUGACUCGGGCACCAAGUUUACAGCCAUCGACCUAGCAGAUGGGGAAUGGUUUGACUACGACGAAAAGGCUGGAGAGGAAGGUAGCAGCGCCUCUUGGAGCCAGGACGCUAUCGAUACCCCACCCUAUUGUAAUCAUCUCGCUAGAAUGGCGUCAGACGAGCUUUCAGCCGGCCUCAAUUACCUCACCGAUGCGGCACAUCUCCUCCGACAGACGGCCCCGGAAACUUCUGCGCACCUGAUGAGGCAACGAGAUGAUUUGAUGUUGCACAACAACCUGACUCAACACGAAGUACAGCGGCAACAUGUCUGCGGCGCCUGCGGACAUAUCAUGAUUCCGGGAGACAAGACGUUAUUGAAGCUCGAGCGUCGCGAAAUACACAGGUUGCGAAGACGGGCUGCUUCACAGAAGAAGCGGGAAAAGCCAAACGCUGCCUCUUCAGGACCAACGAAAUCAAUAUCAUGUGGGCAUUGCAGUCGAGUCACUACGAUCAGCCUUCCAGCACCCGAGGCAGCAACACGUCGAAAGAUAUCGAGAGCGUCUGCCGCCAGGAAGACGGUGCCGGCGGAGCCAGAAAAUCAGAAGAUGACGGCAAAUGCAAGCAGCAAGAAGAGGGCCAAGAACCGCAAAGGCGGGCUGCAAGCCCUGCUUGCUGCACAACAGCAGAAAUCAACAAGCUCGCUCUCCCUUGCGGAUUUUAUGGGAUGA